AUGUCUCAAAAGUCGGUCACGUCUGCUGUUAGGAUUAGUAUUGAAGAGCAGUCCGUCGAAGAAAUAGACAUCAUCGGGGAUACCAGUCCUGGUGUUAGGCGUGCGAGAAUUCUGAAGGACAACCUCUCUACCUUGGACCAGAUAAUUAUAUUCCUCUGUCUAUUUCUUCUCGCUUAUGUAUACGGUCUUGACGGAGCUCUUCGAUCUAUAUACCAGCCUUAUGCAACGUCUGGAUUUGCGACUCACUCGACUCUUGCGACCAUCAAUGUUCUCCGUAGUGUAAUUGCUGCUGCAGCCCAGCCCACUGCUGCUAAGAUUGCCGAUGUCUUCGGAAGACCCGAGCUCAUUAUCGUGAGCGUCGUGUUUUAUAUCGUUGGUACCAUCGUUGAAGCCACUUGCCCUAAUGUAGAAGCUUUCGCUGCUGGGGCUGUGAUAUACCAGGUUGGAUAUACUUCCAUCCUCGUCCUUGUUGAAAUUGUCAUUGCAGACAUUACCUUUCUAGAAGAUCGCUUGCUGUUCUCAUACAUUCCAACCUUACCCUUCUUGAUCAAUGCUUGGGUCAGCGGUAAUAUCAGCACGGCUGUCCUCGGAGUCACGACAUGGCGCUGGGGUGUCGGCAUGUUUGCAAUCAUAUAUACCUGCGUCUCUAUCCCGUUGAUUAUUGCUCCUUGGCUGCCCUACCGACGAGCACAGAAAGCUGGUGCAUUGGAGAACCAUAGAAGCACAUGGCAGACGUUGGGAACUCGGCGUUUGGUCGCAACUAUCUUUUGGCAAUUAGACUUGAUCGGCAUCAUCUUGCUGAUCGCUGUGUUUGCGCUCAUUCUCAACAGUGGGGCAAGCCAAAAGGUUAUUGCGCUCCUGAUUAUUGGUAUCUUCUGCAUUCCUGUCUGGAUAUGGUGGGAGAAAAGAGCCCCAUAUGCAAUGGUGCCAUUUACGCUACUCAGGGAUCGCGAUUUUCUGUACACUGUCCUUGUCGUCGCAUUCGACGAAUCAAUUAAGAGUGCUACUCGGAUCUCUUCUCUUUACAGUUUCUGCUUCGUGCUCUCUGGUGCGCUUCUCGGUCUCAUUGUGCGGUAUUAUCGCUAUUUGAAGCCGUUCAUCGUCUUCGGCACCGUACUCUUUCUGGCUGCAUUCGGCGUCCUCAUCCACUACCGUGGCGGGUCGGGAACGGCCAGUCAUUCUGGUAUUAUCGGCUCUCAGGUACUUCUUGGCAUCGCUGGCGGUCUAUUCCCGUAUCCCGCUCAAGCCUCGAUACAGGCUGCCACUAAGCACGAACACGUUGCUGUUAUCACCGGUCUUUAUCUUGCAACAUACAACAUUGGAAGUGCCUUUGGAAAUACUGUCUCCGGUGCCAUUUGGACACAAACGUUAAUCCCAACUCUGCUCAAAAAUCUACCUCCACCAUACAACAACAUGACUAUCGCCCAGGGUAUCUAUGAAUCACCAUUUGAGUACGCCAUAAACUAUCCUAUCGGCACCCCACUACGAGAUGGAAUCGUAACGAGCUAUAGACAUACCCAGAGACUACUGACUGUCACGGGCAUUUGUCUGUGUGUGCCAUUGAUCUUUUUCAGUUUGCUGAUCCGCAACCCGAAAUUAGGCAAGGAGCAGAGUUUGCCGGAUGCGGAGGAGCCGAUUGCUUUGGAGGAUAGGCAGCCUUGGUGGAGGAUAUUUUAGGUGUAGGAAAUGUUGGCGAUUUAGAGCCCGGAUCUUCCUGUUAGACGGAUGCCCUUCACAGGUAUCACAUAUCAGCAUUGGACGAAGGCUAGC